UUUGGUUCUAUCGCCGAUCCUAGCCUCUUGACCGACAAGCUCAAGGAAGCAGGAAGCGCGCAUGCCCGCCGCCGUCAUCAAGGGCGUGCAUCAGUUACCCGGCAUUCUGGCAGUUGGAGGAGGCAACCUCGUAGCAUGACUGGAUGGCGAUCGAACGGUUCGAUGGAGUACCGCCGCAUAACGGUCGACUUGCAUUUUGGAUUUGGCGACGUAUGGAGCAGCGGUGCAAGUACGCGUACAAGGCCUGCUUCGAGCCACGGACGCGCAAGCGCAACGGGUCGCUGCACAACUUUUGCGUCUACCACCGCCAGAAGGCCAACAUCAUCCAGAAGAAACACAUCUCCAAGCGCGCUAGAACCAAAGCGCUGCCCGAGCCCGUGCCGUUCGCGGCCGACGACGCCGACAACAACAGCUGCUACGACGCGUGGCCGGUGCUGGCGCUGCUGCUGGACAACCCACCCCGCUUCGACCCGAUCGCAUUUGACGCAACGGACCCCGCAGCGAUCGACGCCGAGAUCGUCGCGCUUCUCGUCGACUUGACGCCAUAGACAGAUCGUCGCAGCAAGUGAAUAUACCAUACUAGUACAGUA